UCUCGGGCCGGUGGAGCCGGUGGUUAGAGGCCGUGGCAGGUCGAGCACGGUGAUCGGUGAGCUUGGUGGAGGAGUGUGGACGUACACCACAAUCAUAGUGAAUGGAUCGGAACAUGCAACCCGAGUUCAGUGCAGACUGCGUGCUGCCUGUAGAGUGUAUACCUCGAGUCGGAUCGUGGGAUAGAAAUGCAGCCUAAUAAGUCCACACUGGCAGAACAUCAGCACUGUGUUGUGAAGGCCUAAGUGAACUAACAGCCGUCUUGCCGAUUUAAGACUAAGUCUAAUGACUCACACUUUAAGGGAUUCUCCGUAUUACAGCAUAUCGAUCUGACUCGCUUUUGCGCUCGCGACACUCAAACUCCACAAAAACCGCGAAAACCUUCGACAUCAUGGACGGAAAAUUUUACAAUUGUGUCCUCGGACGCGUUUAAGCCACACGGAAAGACCCGCUUCGUGUUUUCUGGGAGCAGUUUGAUUGAAGAGUCGAUUUUCCGUCAGAAGAGGCGCAACUACAACAAAGUGAGACAAUCCCUCAACAUGAGCACAGGACCAAGGAGACAAGCUGCCCUCGUCCCAGGAAACCAGAGCCCAGCGGGACUCGACGCCUCCACCCCGGCGCUCCUCUACCUUUUCCAAGAGGUUUCCAAGCUGGCGUCCCCCAUCCACAACGGUUUCCUGGACACAAACCCACCCUCCGCAUGGCUGCACGAUCCUCCUGGACCAGGUCCUCUUCUAGUCAAAAAAGAGGGUGAUGAUGCGCGCCUGUUCUCUGCCUCCAGUGGUUCCUGCCAGUGUAGUGUGUCGCCUUAUAAGCAGGUGAAAGAGGAGAGUGGCGGCGGCAGCGAGGUCAUAGCGUUGGCUGAGCCACAUCCUAAAUGCAACAGCCCUUGGAAAGUGCUGAGUAUGAUCAAUCUGCAGUGUGAGAGGAUCCUCCACCCAGGAGAUGUGGAGUCAGAACAAAGUCUGGUCUUAACCACAAAAUCAUUCCAUGCGACAGACAAAGCAUCGACUCCUACAGCAGAUGCAGCGGAUCAGGGAGUCGGCGGCGGCUGCGUAAUUCGACACGAAUGCGCUGUGAGACCAUCUCUUCUCAGGCAGGACGUCCCAGCCUGUGUCGGUCUCGUGGAGGAUGAGGACGACUGCAGCAGAGCCCCAAGUUAUCAACCGCAGUGCCGCGACGUGGGCUUCCGUGUUCAGUCGCAGACGGGCGAAAAUGUUGCAACGCUCACUGUUGACAGACAAUUUGAGUGGAACCAGGUGUGUAAGAGGGGGCGUGUCUCUUCUGAACAAGACAUUUUGCAGGCCCCCUUCUGUGAAAACGUUUUGUUCCAAACACCCAUCCGCUAUGCGUUCCUUAAUGCCCAGCUGACUUUUAACUCAAAGGAAGCCCUGGAUCACAAUGCAAACCUCGCCCUGACUGCAGAGCCUCUGUGUGAGAGCCAGCUGCUCCCCCCGGAGCCUGUCAGGCCCCCUUCGGCAUCGGCAUCGCUUUUAUUUGGCCUCACAGAGAAGUGUCAGUCCCUCGCAAAACGAGAUGGCAAAACCACAUCAUCUAAACCAGAAGGUACACGCACUGCGGGAGAGGAAAAAUGGCCUCCAGUUGCACAGCUGAAGGGCCCCAGUUACAAUGGGGAAGCAAACCGCUCACCUUCUGCGCCGUCGACGACGGAGCCGAGGCCGCUACAGAAGGAGGAAGUCAAGUCUCCAUCCAUCAAGACUCUCAGAAAACAACCUCAUCCCAGGCGCAGUGCUGAUAUCCAGGACCCAGACUUCCAGGGAGUGACGUUCCGGAUGGACACGGAGCUGGACGACAGCAGGGGACAGUGUCGGCUCCUCAUAACGUCAAAAUACAGCAAGGAGCUCCACAAGAGCGCGAGGAAACCCAGGCCCAGGACCCGGAUGUCCCAGAAAUCCAUCAAAACGAGCAGCUCGGAUGAGGAGAGUUACCUGACGCCGAGCGUUUCCAAGGGUAAAGCGUGUGAAUCGUGCUGCACCAGGAAGACCCCCAUGUGGAGGGACGCAGAGGACGGGACCCCACUCUGCAACGCCUGUGGAAUCAGGUACAAGAAGUACAGAGUGCGCUGCGUCAAAUGCUGGCACAUCCCCCGAAAAGAGGGCAACUCCAACUCGCGCUGCCUCAAGUGUGGAAGCCUUUUGAGGCAGACGUCAGCUCAGCGGAAACACGCCGCCUAGAGAAACGCACUCGCGGCGAAGGAUUUUCCGUGCGUGUGUUCACUGCAGUGAGAAUAAUUUAAAUAGAUGUGUGUGUGUGUGUGUGUGUGCGCGUGUUGCAUGGAUUGUGAUGUGCAUUAAAUGCUGUAUAAAACAUUGA